AUGAUAUCCAUUUGUGACUUCGUUUAUGCUUCGCCCACCGAAUCGCCGCUUCGCCGUGCCACAAUUUGCAAUGGAAGUCCAGAUUUGUGUACCCGUAGUUUUGGAAAUGUCACCUUUGUCGGUGCCCAUGAUUCUUAUGCAGUCGGUACCAACAAUGUUUUCACAACCCAGGACUACAACAUUACACAACAGUUGAAUGACGGGAUUCGAAUGCUGCAAAUGCAGGCCCAUAACUCGAGUGGAGUCAUUCACCUUUGCCACACGAGCUGUUCACUCUUUGAUGGCGGAACUCUUCAGGCUUACCUUACAACUGUCAAAGCCUGGCUAGGUGCAAAUCCAAAUGAAGUACUUUCAUUGCUCAUCGUCAACUCUGAUACUCUUCCACCGAGUAGUUUUGACGCUGUCUUUAAGGCGGUUGGGCUCGACACGGUAUCUUACUCGCCGCCCUCCUCUUCGCUGCUUGAAAGUGGCUGGCCGUCCCUUGGCAGCCUCAUCGAUUCUGGAACGCGAUUGAUAACUUUCAUGGACUCCAACGCUGACUUCAACUCUGUUCCUUAUAUCAUUGACGAAUUCACUAACAUCUGGGAGACUGCAUAUGACGUCACCACGUCGUUUGAUUGCAAUGUGAACCGGUCGAAUGCCAACACCCCCACUGCUACAUCUAUGUACCUUAUUAAUCACUUUUUGGACACAUUGAUCCUUGGCCAACCUGCUCCGGACCCAAGCCAAGCUAAUCAAACCAAUGCUGUCACCGGUACAAAUUCCCUCGGUGAGCAGUUCAAUCUCUGCGUUGGCCAACAGGGCAGAAACCCGAACUUCAUGCUUGUUGACUUCUACGAGUACGGCGGUGGAUCUGUGUUCGAAGUCGCUGCCACAGCUAAUGGCGUCACCUAUUCACCUACUACGCCCAUUGCGACUCCGGGAGGAACAAGUUCACCCUCAUCCUCAUCGAACUCCAGCCCGCCUAGCUUCAGUCGGUGGAGCUCGGUUUGGGUGGUCAUUGGCAGCGUAGCGUUCGGCGCCUUCUGCAUUUAUUAA